UCUGUGCCUCCCGUCUCAUCCCACUUCCCCCGCCUGCGUCUCCUCGCCUCGCCCUCAUCCGCUCGCCCGCCAUUGUCGCUCCUCGUCGCUCGCCGUUCUCGGUCCUCGCCUGCUCAUCUCGCCCUCCUCCGCUUGUUUCCGUCAUGGCUCCUCGCACUGCUGCUGUUGCGUUUGGCUAGGGGCUGCUGCGUCUGGUUUGCUCUACACUGCGUCUGGUUUGCUCUCUGCUUGUGCGUCUACUUAUUCCUUCUCUGUGAGGAGGUGAUUUUACAAAUGUGUGGUGGUUCAAGGAGGGAUCUUCAGCCUGUGGAAUAAACCAUAACGCAUGGACGACAUGGACACUGGAGCUGUUUGUGACGAGGGAUCUUCAGCCUCGGCAUUAUCAAGGACAACAACACCUGAACCCAAGGAAGAUGACUACCUGAUAGUAAUUCCUUAUGCCCACAUAUUUGACCUUAUGCUAAAAGCUUUGAAGUUGCCCCCUGCAAGUUACUAUCACAAGAUACGUCCGGGCGGCAAGAAUCAUGUGACAGUUACUUUCAAUUCUUCCUUGCAAUUGCUUGAUGGUUUGCUUGUUCCGACCUCAAUAUCGGGUGCAAAUUUAGAUGGCUAUGAAGAUGCAGAAGACAGUUCUGCUAUCGCAGCUAUUAGGUACAUGGAGAAUGCAUAUGGCAGAGAAAUGAGAGACUACCACUACACCCAUGUCAAGAGGCUAGAAAAUGAAGUUAAGCAUCUGGCCAAAUGGUUAGUAGCAGCAAACAAGACAAUCAAGAAGCUACGCAAAGGGUGGUACUACGCCGUCAGAUAUAUGAAUUGAUAUUCUACUCAAAUACAAAACACAACGACUGCUCGACACUUGAGAGGGUAGGAUAACACCAAAAGGGCUAUGAAAGCAGCACUUGCAAGCAUUGAAAAACUGACACAAAGGCUGCGCUAUAUUGGUAUGAAGUCUGAACAGCGCCAGGAGACUACAAGAGAUAGCUUUUUGUGAACUUGGGUCAAUAUGCGCUCACCAGGAUGCUUCUAAGGUUACUAGAACAGCUACCUUUUGUUUCAUAUCAAGCAGCGUGUUCUAUUUGUCCUUUUGGAGCACUCUAAGUAAGAUAUGUAUUGUUUCCUUCCAUUGCUGCCUCUUUGGCUAAAAGAAGUGUAUCAACUUUAAAUUCCAUUGUUAUGUCUAUGGUUAAACUCAGUUUGUCAUCGCUUGUUCUCUAUGUAAAUAACUGUCCUUCU